AAGAGCUUAUUUAUUUUCAUCUGUGAAACUCUGCAAGCUCUGCAGUUUCACAAGAGCUUUAUUGCAGAUGUUGAGUUCCACCCCAUCGUUUCCGGCCAUCUUUUCAGAGGAGGAUGGGAGUCCAGCAACUGCAUCCCGCAGGAGGACUGUAGGUGUGUGUUUGGUCCCUCACCUCACCCCCAGCCCCAUAUUAUGGAUUAAAUUCAACCUUCACACAACAGGAAGCCACUGUGGACUCUGGGGCACUGAGAAGCAGAGAGGAAGCAGGAUGUUGACAAGCCCAUUCUUGCAAAAGAUGCCUUGCACCAGACUUCGCAUUGGGCACCGGCAAUUGACCUUACGACUCCUUAGGUUCCUAGUACCGGACCCAGGACUGGCUCGCAGGAUUGCGUUGCCACAGCCAUGGCCCCCAAGAAACCACCAGCACCAGCAAAGGCGGCGGCACCACCACCACCAGCAGCACCAGAACAUCCUGGCAUGACACCGCAACGUUUAAAGAUGAUAUGGAUGUGCAUUGGUGGGACGGUAUUGGUCUUCGGUACCAUAGCUGCAGUGAUGGGCUAUCUCUAUAGCAAUAUGCUAGCGGAACCACCCCAUCACCUCGAACCGUCGUUGAACAGGCUCAGAAGCUCAAUGGCCGCUUCGUACAGACGCCCUAAGCUCAAUUACGGAAAUGCCAUAAAGGUAUCAGAUUUUGCUUUGACGUUGAUGGACACAUUGAAAAGCAACCAGCAUGAAUAUGCAGAGCAGAAGAAAAACUACCAAAAUCUCUACAAGAAAGAUACUAAAGCCAGAUCUGCUGGUACCUGGGAUACUUUUGGGAGGAAUCUCUACUAUGUUUCAAAAGGAAGAAAGACCUGGUAUGAUGCAGAGAACUUCUGUGUGUCCAGAGAUUCCCACCUGGCCUCCGUUUUAAGUGAUGAAGAACAGAAUUACAUCACUUCUCAGCUCAAAGAGCCCGCCUGGAUUGGUUUUACAGAUGAAAAGGAGGAAGGCAAAUGGGAAUGGACAGAUGGCUCCAGGGUAACAAAACAGUAUUGGCACGAGGAAAACACUUACUUCACAGAAAGCAAGAGAAGACUGGAGAAGGACUGCACAUCCAUAGUGCCUUCGCUGGCUGGAAACAAUUGGCGCGAUACCUAUUGCCACGAACUACGGAACUGGGUUUGUAAGGAGAGCGUAGAAAUUUAAGCUGGCAAAACCUGAGCCAACACGUGACUGAAGACAGAAUGGGUUUCAUCCCAUGGUUCAACUUCAGGAGAAGUCUGCUUAGAAAGAAUGAACAGAAAUAUACUAUUCCACGCAA